GGUUAGCAUUAUAGGUUGCACGCAGUGUCCAGACUGUCAGACUGAUAUAGUCUUGGAAUGAUGAGAAGAUAGGCUGAAUUUGGAGUCUGGACAUCUCAAUGUUGUGAUCGUACCUGCGCGCUUUCACCAAGGCAGCCCGCGUCUUGUCCGCGGCCUCGUGUGGUUGUCGCCGCCAUGGGCUGAUUUCCUAUCCAUUUCCUGUCUCUCAUAAGAGCAUAAUACCCACCCCGAGUCCAUCCUGCCAGUGCAAGACAGAUCUGUGAUGCCUCUCCUGGCACUCCUGGCUAUUCCAGUUGCCCUGCUCCUCUUCUCCAUUUAUCUCUGGCUCGUCAACCGCUCCAUAACCACAGUUCCUGCCACGGCCCUCCCCUUCUCUCCUCAUCGCUGGACAGUAUCAGACAUCGAGCAAACAGCCGCACGACUCGAGAAGGACCCUAUAAACACCCUUCCGCAUCUUCCACCACCCACAGGCAGGCGCUACAUAGUCGUCGGUGGCUCAGGUCUUGUUGGGGGAUGGAUAGUCCUUCAUUUGCUCCAGCGCGGCGAAGAUCCCGCUAACAUUCGAAUCGUCGACAUUCGCAGACCAGUGCGAAAGGACAUGCUCUCAGGAAAACCCGCCCAAGUGGGUUUUGUUGCAGCUGAUGUACAGGACUCGAAAUCCGUUGGCGCUGCCUUUGCUGCAGACUGGCCCGAUUCAGGUGCUACUUCAGACAAAGGCAUCACAGUCUUCCAUACCGUCGCUUGCAUCCGCUUCUACGAACGCCACUCCUCACUCGUCUCGCGCUCUUCUUCCCUUAACGUCGAUGGCACUCGAAAUGUUCUCGAAGCAGCACAACAAAAUGGCGUAGACAUUCUCGUGUACACCUCGUCUGCCAGUAUCCCGGUCCCUCGCACACAAUACUGGAUUUGGCCAUGGCAAAGGCACGCAAAAACCUUUGUACAACUCGUCAGAGACGACGUUACUGGUGUUGCGCGCAAGCACAAGGACUGCUUCUCAAAUUACUCUUACACCAAGGCUCUGGCCGAAAAGCUAGUAUGUGAUGCUGAUAGUCCGAGUAAAGGAUUCAGGACCGGAUGCGUCCGACCUGGCAACGCUAUAUUUGGUCCGGGCGGUGACCUGAACGCUGGAGCUUAUCUGGUUCGUGGUAUGAACCCAUCAUGGGCAGCUCCUAUGAUACAGUCGUUUACUUACGUAGAAAAUGCCUCUUACGCCCAUUUACUCUACGAACAGCGACUGUUAGAAAAUCAGUCAUCUCCCGGUCCGUCGCAUCCAGAUGUUGGAGGAAAGGCUUUCGCUAUCACGGAUCGAGGAAAUCCUAUUUCUUAUGGUGACUUGUAUCUCGCCCUCAGUACUCUCACCGGAGGCAAAGUCCAGUUCCCAUCUCUACCACCUGCUCCUUUGCUUUUCCUUGCAACGCUGAUUGAAUGGUAUUACAUUGCGCAGAGCUACGUUCCUCGUCUUUUGCCAGCUGUGCAGGGUGAUCUACGAAAUCUGCAGCCCGCCAUGUUUUCCCUCGUCACCAUCCACAUGAAAGUAGAUGAUUCAAAGGCCCAACAGUUGCCACAAAAUGGUGGGCUAGGCUACCAACCGCCUUUUUCAACUCUGGAAGGUGUCUGCCACCUCGUUGAGGAUCACUUGAAGAACGUUGAUUAUGGUCAAGAGCAUCAAAGGACGGGCGGUGGGAUAACACUUGGUUUCCGAGCGAAGAAUUAAGAGGUGUUGCUCUUGUUUUCAAGUUGGGUCACGGCAUUGUGCUUUGAGGUUGUUCGGGUUACUUGUAUCGAGAAAUCAGCGGUGGCGCCCAUGUAAUGAGACCUUGCCCCCAAAAUUACUACUACUGACACAAUAUAUACUUUGAAUUUGGAAUCUUUC